AUGACUGACAGACGAAGAAUCAACGGGCCGCCUGGCGGCACGCGGCCUCCAAUCUUCGCUUCCUCCAUCAAGCCAACCGCCACUGCAACUGCGGCAGAGCGACCACAACGACAACGGCAGCCAAAUGAGCUGCGAAAGAUCUUUCUUAAAACCGGCCUGAUCCCUUCCGCCUCUGGGUCGUCAUAUCUUGAAUUUGAACCCUCAGCAUCUCUUUCCGCUGCGCGGGCAUCGCCUAAAUUCAUUACGCCUCCCUCUUCUUCCUUGAAGCUCGCAUGCACAGUCCAUGGCCCUAAACCUCUACCUCGAUCUGCGACCUUCUCUCCCAACCUCGUCCUCACCACGCACGUCAAAUAUGCCCCGUUUGCCGCCCGCAAGCGCAAAGGGCAUAUCCGCGAUGCUAGCGAGCGCGAUCUAGGCGUACACCUCGAAACAGCGCUCAGAGGCGUUAUCGUCGCAGAGAGAUGGCCGAAGAGUGGACUUGAUAUCACUAUUACCAUUCUCGAAGCCGAGGAUGACCGGUGGUGGGGAGACGCACCAGACUCCCAUGAUGCCGCAUGGGGAAUGAUGAAUGUUCUAGCUGGAUGUAUUACGGCUGCUUCUGCGGCUAUUGCUGACGCAAGAAUUGACUGCCUUGACCUUGUCGCCGGAGGUGUAGCUGCCGUUGUCGUGGACAAACUCGCUGAUGGAAACGGAAAUUCCUGUGCUAGACUCAUGCUUGAUACUGACCCAGCAGAGCAUCAGUCGAUACUGUCGGCAUGUGUGGUUGCCUAUAUGCCUGGGCGAGAUGAAAUCACGGAACUUUGGCUGAAAGGGGACAAUUCGAAGGCGGCUGUUGGGACAACAGAUCAGAAUCUCAGCCACGACGCCUUGAUAGAUGGUGCUGUGGUUGCCGCGCGAGGUGCACACUCUGUUCUUGCAGAGGCUGUGCGGGAAUCUGCGAUGCGGUUUGCUGGACAGUCAAGUGGUUCUUCAUAA